CUCACGCAUCUCUUAUUUCUCACUUCGUGCCCAACGCCACUCACCCACCAGCGGGCAAAAUCACCUCGGAGCUAGUCGGAUCUCUCUAUAAAUAGGCUCUAAUAUCAUCGUAUUUUCUUAGAUUUGAGUCUGCCAAGGCCGAAACUAGCCUCCUCUGUAACGGCCAGACCACACGCCCAUCGCUCUCGCAGCCUCAUCCUCGUCCUCGUCGGAUUCCAGCGUGCCAUCGCUUUAAAUGUCUGCUUUCAUCAAACGCGACUGACCCGCUCGGUUUUCUUGCAAUUUCCUCCAACUGAAUGCCACCCGAGAGAUUCCAGAGGCUAAGUUGAGCAACAAACUAUUGGAAUGAUUUAAGAUGGCCCAGCAGUCAUCACGUCUUCAACGCCUGCUCACUCUCUUGGAUGCUGGUUCAACGCAAGCAACAAGAUUUACAGCUGCUCGUCAGAUAGGGGAUAUUGCGAAAUCACAUCCUCAAGACUUGACCUCUCUGCUGAAAAAGGUUUCUCAGUAUCUUCAUAGUAAAAACUGGGAUACAAGGGUUGCUGCUGCUCAUGCGAUCGGGGCUAUCGCUCAGAAUGUUAAGCAUGCGUCAUUGAUUGAACUUUUUUCUUGGGUUGAAAACAAGAUGUCUGAGGCUGGGAUCUCUGCUGUUGUUGAAGAUGUUUUGAUGUGGCCUUAUUUUCAUUCUAAACUUGAAGGCUCUUCAUUUAAAAGCUUUGAUAUAAACAAGGUGCUCGAGUUUGGUGCUUUAUUGGCAUCUGGUGGACAGGAGUAUGAUAUUGCAAGUGAUAGUAUGAAGAGCCCGAGAGAGCGCUUGGCUCGCCAAAAACAAAAUCUUCGUCGCCGUUUGGGUUUGGAUGUUUGUGAGCAGUUCAUGGAUGUUAGUGAUAUGAUAAGAGAUGAGGACCUUAUUCUGCACAAAGUUAACUCCCUUGGCAAUGGGAUAGACCAAAGAGUUUACACAACGCCAUCUGUGCAUAAUAUUCAGCAACUAGUGGCAAAUAUUGUUCCUAGUGUCAUAUCUAAAAGGCCAAGCGCAAGGCAAUUGAAUCUCCUAAAACGAAAAGCAAAAGUAAAUUCGAAAGACCAAACAAAGUGUUGGUCUGAAGAUGGAGAUACGGAGAUGUUACAUGCUCAAAACACAGCAACAUUGAAGGGUCAAUUUCCUGAUUCAUUAAGUUGUGAUAAGGCACUUUUGGAUAUUAAUAAUGGCGAAGACAGCUUGGAGCAUGAUGGAGAUGGACGGUGGCCUUUCCAUAGUUUUUUUGAGCAACUCAUCCUUGAAAUGUUUGAUCCAGUUUGGGAGGUUCGCCAUGGUAGUGUCAUGGCUUUGAGGGAAAUUUUAAGCCAUCAAGGAGCUUCUGUUGGAGUGUUUAUGCCUGACUUGAGCUUGGAUGGUGGAUUAUUUGUUGAACUAGAAGAUAAAGGCAUAUUAAACACAAUGAAGAGAGAGAGAGAGAUUGAUUUGAAUAUGCAAGUUCCAGCAGAUGGGCAUGAGCCAAAUCUUAAGAGGCCUAAGUUUGAAGAUGUGCCAUCCCCAACUAUGGCUGCAAUUGUCUCUUCCAGUGAGGUUGGUAAUUUUGAUUUCGGCGUGAAGGUUGAUCAUGGGUGGAAUUUGCCUUCUGGACAGCUUAAUGGUCAACUGAAUGUUACUUCUGUUAAGGUAGAGCCAGAAUCUUUCCUUGAGGGUGUAUCAUAUUCGUGUAAAGAUGCUGCUGAUACUGCAGAGACAAAGGGUUAUUCUGAGGAUAAAGUUUCCACUGGAAAAGCAGAUAUGCUGAAGAAUAUUCCUGAAAAUUGUGAGCUGAUGAACUUGGUUAAACUGGCUAGGCAUUCUUGGCUAAAAAAUUGUGAAUUUCUUCAAGAAUGUGCAAUUCGUGUUUUGUGUGUGCUGUCUCUAGACCGAUUUGGUGAUUAUGUAUCUGAUCAGGUUGUUGCCCCUGUUCGGGAAACCUGUGCGCAAGCAUUAGGUGCUGUGUUUAAGUACAUGCAUCCCACAUUAGUUCAUGAAACAUUAAAUAUAUUGCUGAAAAUGCAGUGUAGACCAGAAUGGGAAAUUCGUCACGGGAGUCUUUUGGGUAUCAAGUAUUUGGUUGCUGUGCGGCAGGAGAUGCUUCAUGACUUGCUUGGCAGCAUUCUCCCUGCAUGUAAAACUGGGUUGGAGGACCCCGAUGAUGAUGUUCGGGCAGUUGCUGCAGAUGCUUUAAUACCUACUGCAGCUGCUAUUGUAGCUCUAGAAGAUCAUGUAUUGCAUCCUAUUGUGAUGCUACUUUGGGAUAUUUUACUUGAUUUGGAUGAUUUGAGUCCAUCCACUAGCAGUGUAAUGAAUCUUUUGGCGGAAAUCUAUUCCCAGGAAGAGAUGAUUCCUAAGAUGUUUGGAGCUUUGACAUUGAAAGAGACCCAGGAAUUUGAUCUAAAUGAAGCCGGUCGUGGUGAUGAUGCUGGGGGAAUAAUAUCACGGGAAAAUCCUUAUAUGUUAUCUACAUUGGCACCACGGUUAUGGCCAUUCAUGAGGCAUAGUAUCACAUCAGUUCGUUAUUCAGCUAUUCGGACUUUGGAGCGGUUGCUUGAAGCAGGCUGCAAAAGGAAUAUUCGUGAGCCCUCUGAUAUUUCAUUUUGGCCUUCUUUUAUUUUGGGGGAUACCCUUAGAAUUGUUUAUCAGAAUUUGCUGCUGGAAUCGAAUGAUGAAAUCUUGCAGUGCUCAGAGAGGGUUUGGAGGCUCCUUCUUAAGUGCCCAGUGGGGGACUUGGAAACUGCCGCAGGGUCAUAUAUGUCUGCUUGGAUAGAACUUGCAACAACUCCAUAUGGUUCAGCAUUAGAUGCAUCAAAAAUGUUUUGGCCUGUUGCCCUUCCUCGAAAGAGUCAUUUUAGAGCAGCAGCUAAAAUGAGAGCUGCGAAACUUGAAAAUGAGCCCUAUAGAAACAUUGGCUUGGAAUCUGGAAUAGGAACUAUUCCACAAGAAAGAGUUGGAGAUACCUUUACCAAUUCUGUUAAGAUAAUAGUUGGCGCUGAUUCAGAAAUGUCAGUAACUCAUACCCGAGUGGUUACGGCAACAGCAUUGGGAAUUUUUGCUGCUAAGUUGCAGCAGGGGACUCUGCUUUAUGUAAUUGAUCCACUGUGGAAUGCUCUUACCUCUUCAUCUGGGGUUCAACGGCAGGUAGCAUCCAUGGUUCUUAUUUCCUGGUUGAAAGAAACCAAGAGCGUGGAUGCCUCUGGAAUCCCUGGCGGUCCACCCAAUUUUCCCAUUCAUCUCAAAGAAUGGUUGUUGGAUUUAUUGGCAUGCUCCAACCCUGCAUUCCCUUCAAAAGAUUCACUUCUUCCUUAUGCUGAGCUUUCAAGAACAUAUUCUAAGAUGCGCAGUGAGGCCACCCAGUUGUUACGCGCUAUUGAGGCAUCUGACAUGUCUAAGGAUUUUCUGGCUACAAUCAAAGUUGACUUGGAGAGCUUGAGUGCUGAUGAUGCAAUUAAUUUUGCAUCAAAGGUUCCAACAGCGUGUAAUGAUAAUGUUGGGAAUGAAUCUGUGGGAGGGAACUUUGUUGAUGAUGUGGAGUCAUCUAAACAACGAAUUUUGACAACUUCAGGCUAUUUAAAAUGUGUUCAGAGUAAUCUGCAUGUUACUGUCUCUGCCUUAGUUGCUGCUUCAGUUGUCUGGAUGUCAGAGCUUCCUGCACGACUUAAUCCAAUUAUUUUGCCUUUGAUGGCUUCAAUAAAAAGAGAGCAGGAGGAAUUACUGCAGCAGAAGGCUGCUGAGGCACUAGCGGAGCUUAUUUUUCAUUGUAUUGCACGUAGGCCUAGCCCAAACGAUAAGUUAAUCAAGAAUAUUUGUAGUUUAACAUGCAUGGAUCCUAGUGAGACACCUCAAGCUGUAGUCACCAGUUCCAUAGAGGUAAUUGAUGAUCAAGGUCUCCUAUCCUUUGGGACUAGUGUAGGUAAACAGAAGGCAAAAGUUCACAUGCUGGCUGGUGGUGAAGACCGGUCACGGGUUGAGGGCUUCAUCAGCAGACGUGGCUCUGAAGUUGCAUUAAGGCAUCUCUGUGAGAAGUUUGGUGCUUCACUGUUUGAUAACCUUCCUAAACUGUGGGAUUGCCUUACUGAAGUUCUUAAGCCUAGCAGUACUGAGGGUCUAACUCCUGCAGAAGAAGAGCAAGUUAUGCUAGCUAUUGAAUCCAUUAAGGAUCCUCAGAUCUUGAUAAAUAAUAUCCAGGUAGUACGCUCUAUUGCUCCCAUGCUAAAUGAGGCAUUGAAACCAAAACUGCUCACUCUUCUCCCUUGCAUUUUCAAAUGUGUUCGCCAUUCCCACAUUGCUGUUAGAUUAGCUGCUUCUAGGUGCAUCACUUCAAUGGCCAAGUCAAUGACUAAAGAUGUUAUGGGAGCUGUAAUAAAAGAUGCCAUACCUAUGUUAGGGGAUAUGACAUCUGUUCAAGCUAGACAGGGUGGCAGCAUGCUCAUUAGUUUGCUUGUUCAUGGAUUGAGCGUGGAGCUGGUCUCUUAUGCUCCAUUGUUAGUUGUUCCUCUUCUGAAGUGUAUGAGCGAUUGUGAUCAGUCUGUCAGACAGAGUGUGACCCAUAGUUUUGCUGCCCUUGUGCCUCUUCUUCCAUUAGCACGUGGCCUUCCCCCACCUGUUGGAGUGAGUGAAGAUUUAUCUAGAAAUGCAGAAGAUGCACGGUUUCUGGAGCAACUACUCGACAACUCUCAUAUUGAUGAUUACAAGCUCCAUGUUGAACUGAAAGUGACAUUGAGAAGGUACCAACAGGAAGGUAUAAAUUGGUUGGCCUUUUUAAAACGUUUCAAGCUUCAUGGAAUCUUAUGUGAUGAUAUGGGCCUUGGUAAGACACUUCAAGCAUCAGCAAUUGUGGCAUCUGACAUAGUUGAGCAUCACACUUUGACCAACGGUGAAGAUCUUCCAUCGUCUUUAAUAGUUUGCCCAACAACCCUUGUUGGACAUUGGGCCUUCGAGAUAGAGAAGUAUAUUGAUGCUUCCGUAGGAUCUACUCUCCAAUAUGUUGGUUCUGCUCAAGAGCGCAUUUCUCUUAGAGGGCAUUUUAAGAAGCAUAACAUUGUCAUAACAUCAUAUGAUGUGGUCCGUAAAGAUAUUGAUUAUCUUGGACAGCUUCUAUGGAAUUACUGUAUUUUAGAUGAAGGACACAUUAUCAAGAAUGCAAAGUCUAAAAUUACACUUGCAGUAAAGCAGUUGCAGGCCCAGCACCGCUUGAUACUGAGUGGAACACCAAUCCAGAAUAACGUCAUGGAUUUGUGGUCCCUCUUCGAUUUCCUAAUGCCAGGGUUUCUUGGAACCGAGAGACAAUUCCAAGCCACUUAUGGGAAGCCACUUGUCGCUGCUAGAGAUCCUAAAUGUUCUGCCAAGGAUGCUGAAGCUGGGGCACUUGCAAUGGAGGCGUUGCACAAGCAGGUCAUGCCAUUCCUCCUCCGUCGAACAAAAGAUGAAGUCCUGUCUGAUCUGCCUGAGAAAAUUAUUCAGGACAGAUAUUGUGACCUGAGCCCUGUACAAUUAAGACUCUAUGAACAGUUUUCUGGUUCACAUGCAAAGCAAGAAAUCUCAAGUAUGGUAAAAGUAAAUGAGUCAGCAGAUAAGGGAGAAGGAAGUAGUUCACCCAAAGCAUCUUCGCAUAUUUUCCAGGCACUUAAGUACCUGCUAAAACUUUGUAGUCAUCCAUUGCUUGUCAUUGGUGAAAAGGUUCCAGAAUCAUUGGCAUUCGUUUUGCCAGAACUCUUACCUGCAACUUCUGACAUUAUUUCAGAACUUCAUAAACUGCAACACUCUCCCAAACUAGUUGCUCUUCAGGAGAUUCUUGAAGAGUGUGGAAUAGGUGUUGAUGCUUCUGGUUCUGAAGGUUCCAUUAGUGUUGGGCAGCACAGGGUCCUGAUAUUCGCUCAGCAUAAAGCCUUUCUGGACAUAAUUGAAAGAGACCUGUUUCACACCCAUAUGAAGAAUAUUACAUAUCUGCGGCUUGAUGGAUCAGUUGAACCCGAAAAACGUUUUGAAAUUGUCAAAGCUUUUAAUUCUGACCCUACUAUUGAUGCCCUCCUGCUUACAACACAUGUUGGUGGGCUUGGUUUGAACCUAACAUCUGCAGACACCCUGGUUUUUAUGGAGCAUGACUGGAAUCCAAUGCGAGAUCAUCAGGCAAUGGACAGAGCACACAGGUUAGGGCAGAGGAAAGUUGUGAAUGUCCAUCGUCUCAUAAUGCGUGGCACCUUGGAAGAGAAAGUUAUGAGCCUUCAAAAGUUCAAAGUCUCGGUUGCUGAUGCUGUCAUUAAUUCCGAGAAUGCAAGUAUGAAAACUAUGAAUACAGAUCAAUUGCUUGAUCUAUUUACAUCUGCAGAAACCCUUAAGAAGGGAGGAGCUUCGGUAUCAAAGCCUUCAGAUACCAAUGUUGGAGAUACAAAAUUGGCGGGCAGCGGGAAAGGAUUAAAAGCCAUCCUUGGAGGACUCGAGGAGCUCUGGGAUCAAUCACAGUAUACUGAAGAAUACAAUCUGAGCCAGUUCUUGGCAAAGCUUAACGGCUAAAACUCAAGUAUAUGCUCCGUGUGAAUAGAAGAAUAUUGUAUACUUUUCAUCAUCAAGUCGGAACCCAAAUUUUGACAUUGUAACUAACUUACUUCUUCGUGACCCUCCUGCCAUUUUUUAGUUUUUGUCUCCACAUUGAUUUGUAAUUGCAGGAGGUUGGGAAGAUGUCGGGUUGAGUAAUUAUCAUCAGAGUGAGCCUGGUUUAACGAAUGACGGAAAUUUUUGACCAAGAACGGCUCGGGGGAAGGAAAGAGUUGUAUAUUUCGGAUAUUGUAUAUACAAUCAACAAUAUCUUUUAGAAAUCAAAAGUUAAAUCAUUGCAUUGA